UUCCAGAAUACAGUAGCCGACCAGCCGUGACAAGCACAGAGAUGGCGUCGCUUCUGCAACCAGACAGAGUCGUCUAUUUGGUUCGUGGAGAGAAAAAGAUCCGGGCUCCUCUAUCCCAGCUGUAUUAUUGUCGUUAUUGCAGUGAGCUACGAUCCUUAGAAUGUGUAUCUCACGAGGUGGACUCCCAUUAUUGCCCAAGCUGCUUGGAAAACAUGCCAUCUGCAGAAGCUAAACUAAAAAAGAACAGGUGUGCCAACUGUUUUGACUGCCCAUGUUGCAUGCACACCCUGUCGACUCGGGCCACCAACAUCCCGGCUCCUCUUCCCGAUGACCCCACCAAGACGGCUAUGAAAAAGGCGUACUACCUGGCCUGUGGCUUCUGCCGGUGGACCUCCAGGGAUGUAGGAAUGGCUGACAAGUCAGUGGCCAGCGGUGGGUGGCAGGAGCCUGACAACUGUCAUAAUCAACGGAUCAACAAGCUGAUGGAGUAUUACCAGCAGCUGGCUCACAGAGAGAAGCAGGAGCGAGAUAGGAAGAAGCUGGCCAGGAGACGACAGUGCACGCCUCUGGCUUUCUCGCAACACACAAUUCAUGUGGUGGAAAAGUAUGGCCUUGGAACACGACUGCAGCGGCAGAGGUCUGGAAUGCCCAUUUCCACUCUGGCGGGGCUUUCCCUUAAAGAGGGGGAGGACCAGCGGGAGAUCACCAUUGAGCCUGCUCAGGCUUUUGAUGAGGUAGAGCCUCUGCCAGAAGAUUGCUACACGAGGCCCGUCUGCUUGCCAGAAGUGACCCGGCUGCGCCAGCGCCUCCUGCAGCCGGACUUCCAGCCCGCAGGAGCCUCGCAGCUGCACCCGCGGCACAAACACCUCCUAAUGAAGCGCUCGCUGCGCUGCAGGAAAUGCGAGCACAAUCUGAGCAAGCCGGAAUUCAAUCCAACUUCAAUCAAGUUUAAAAUUCAACUGGUGGCUGUGAGUUACAUCCCCGAAGUUCGAAUUAUGUCCAUUCCCAAUCUGCGCUACAUGAAGGAGAGCCAAGUGCUGCUGACUUUGACCAACCCAGUGGAGAACGUCACCCACGUCACGCUGGUUUCUUGUGAUGAGGAAGAUCCUGAUGACAACAGCACUGCGGAGGUCAUCGUGCCGCGCAAGGAGCUGGUGUUGGCAGGAAAGGAUGCUGCCGCUGAGUAUGAUGAAUUGGCCGAACCUCAAGACUUCCAGGAUGACCCGGAUGUUGUUGCCUUCAGGAAAUCCAACAAGAUUGGUUUCUUCAUCAAAGUGAUCCCCCGCAAAGAGGACGACGCUGAUGUCACUGCUUCAUUUAAGAUCCGACACGACUUCCGGGACCUCGCCGCUCCCGUCAGGCCGAGCGAGGAGGGUGCCGACGACACCGCCAAGACAAUUUGGUUGACGCACCACGUCGAGCUGAGGCUGGGGCCACUUGUCCCCUGAAUGCCCACAAACAGGGUUGCCUUCCAAAACUAAUAUUUCAAACUAUUUCUUAUUGCGCUUAAUGAGGGUUGCAAAUUGGCGCCAAAUAAAUUUCUGGUCAGUUUCCAUCGGUCGAUGUGGAAUUGUGGAAUAAAGUUUGCAAAGAAUGAAUGAGAAUUGACUUUCCACUUCAGUUGAGCGGCCGCCUAUCUGAAGCUUGUGUGUUAUUAAAAUUUUUGGUCACAACAAGGCAAAAAAACAACCCCCCCCCCCCCCCGAAAAAUAAAUAAAAUAAAAAUCCUACCAAGCGACAGCCCACAAUUUAUACUAAAUUUGGUCUUGUAUGGUGUUAUAUUUGGAUUAUGGUAAAAUAAUGUAUAUUUUCCCAACUACAUUUAAAUUCCCUGCAAAGAAUCAACCUACAACUUGCUGAAUUCCCAUUUAUUCCUAUAAAUUCCCACAGAAAGUCUCCAACUUUGAAAAUUCACAUUUGUAAACCCACCGUUGACUCAGUUUUGGUUUAUUUUGCAGUUUUGGCCUUUGUUGCAUUAUCAGCUGCAGUUAAUCUUACAUUACGAGAUAAGUACAAAUAAAGCAUCAUGUCCAGCUUGACUUCACAACUAGUCCUGGACUAUAAAAUGUCAAUAUAAUUGAAGACUCGUAGUUGAUUGUGCCCUCUUCGCUGCUGCAUUAUUUUUCCCACCUCCUUUCCCCUUUUGAGUAUCUAUUUUGUAUCAAGUUAAAAGCAACCGUUUGUCCUGAAGGUGUUUGCAGUAUGAUGAAAUGCAUAAAACAGCAGCAGCACGAAUUUACUUGAAACUUGGCCGCAGAAAAGAUGAGCAGAAGAAGAGAUUGAAUCAGAACAAUCCAUAACACUGCUCUCUCUUACACAAACACACACAUGCGCGUGCCUGUAGCUUCCUCAGACAGUUGCGUUGCACUAACCCGCAUGGAUCAUCUAGAAUAAAUAUUACAACUGUCAUUGCACACAUACUGCUGUACUCUGCUUUGUUCUUUGGCAAAUAGAGAGCUAACUGUUGAAACUACGAAAAGCUCUGUACUUGACAGUACGACUUGUCUUUUGGAGCUAUGCUUUUUGAUUUGUCUUAGUGUUGUAAGCUGCUGUCACUUUCGGUUCCAUCUGUACCCUUGGUAAAAUGAAGAGUAAAAAUAAACGAGUUCUUCUGUAUUGCCUAAUAAAAUAACAUCCUGCAAGAAACGG